AUGGCGCUUAUUUGCAUCGGCUCUGUUUGCUUUUCGCUUCUCCACGUGGGGGUCAUUAUUUUGUUCAUCUUAAAUUAUUUCUAUACGCACUUGAAGAAGUACUUACCGAACUUCCUGACUUGCGGCGAAGCAAGAAGGAACGAACAAAUUGAAGCGUCUUUACAGCGCAGGGAGAAGAACAAGGACUAUACCAAAAGCACCUAUAUCGACUUAGCGGAAGGAGACAGUUUGAGCGGCGUGUUGGAGUCUACUAAAAAUGUCUCCGUGGUGGUGAAGUUCGGAGCUACCUGGUGCAAGCCGUGUAACAAAAUCAAGGCGUACUUUAAGAAUCAGACGAGCACCUACACAGUGACGCUUGUCGACGUGGACGUGGACAUACAUGAGACGCUAAGGGAUGAAUACAACGUUAAGGCUCUACCCACUUUUUUAUUUUACGUGCAGAUAAAAAAUGAGUGGGUUUUGACUGAACGGAUUGAAGGAUCCAACCAGGGAGAUGUAGAAAAGGCCUUCCAGAAAUACUGCGUCCCCAAGGACAGCUAA